GGAUCCGCUGCGAGUCCAACUGCAUCAUCGCCAUCACUUCCGUCCCUCUCUGCCCGCCAAUUCGAUCCAGUUCGACCAAAGCCUUCGAGCAGAAUUUGGCUGCCGCUCUUUCAACAUGCGAUUCUCCGCCACCACACUCCUGGUCACCGCGCUGGGAUGGGUCUCCGCCGCGACCGCACACACCAUUCAGCUUAAGGCUCACUCACGAGAGUGUUUCCACGAGACCCUGCACCGUGAUGACCUGAUGACAGUCACCUUCCAGGUUGGCGACCGGGAAUUUGGCGGCAGCGGAAACCUCGAGAUUGAUUUCUGGGUCGAGGAUCCUCUCCGCAACCGCCAAUAUUAUAAGCAGGCUAUCUCCAACGAAGACUACUCCUUCACCGCACACGCCGACGGCAAAUACAACUACUGCUUCAGCAACGAGGGCUGGACCUCCAACUCAAAGGAGGUGUCUUUCAAUGUCCACGGAAUUGUCUACGUGCCAGAGUCGGAGAUGUCCGCGGACCCUCUGGAGGCCGAAGUUCGCAAGCUAUCCGACGCUCUUACGCAGGUCAAGGAUGAGCAAUCAUACAUUGUGGUUCGUGAGCGGGUGCACCGAAAUACCGCAGAGAGCACGAACGGCCGAGUGAAGUGGUGGAGUAUCUUCCAACUGGCUGUAGUGAUCGGAGAGGGUAUUUUCCAGGUUUGGUGGCUGAAGCGCUUCUUCGAGGUCAAGCGCGUCGUCUAAGCGAUUUUCUUUUUUCCGCCGUCCCUUCCUCGAAUAUGCAAUGUGAAAAAUGAGAUGUUGAAAGCGAUUCUUGUCUCCGUGUAGAUCCUCUGGGAGUUUUUUUGUGGGAGACUGUCGCUGGAUCUCUUGCCUGUGGCCGACAUGCGUGGCACAUUUACGCUCAUGUCUAUUUCAUUAUAUCUCACGUCAUGGUGUCAUGCAUACAGCUUUGCUAGCUUUUAAUACAACUGUACCAUCAGCCAAUUCCAGAUUUCGAUGA